GAUUUGGACUACUCUACAAUUCUAAUAUUUUUUCGAAUGGGAACAAAAAUGCACGCUUUAGUUUUGUUCUCUCUAAUUAUUCUCUUUCUCCCGCAACCUUCCUCCUCUCUCUCCCCCAAAAGAUAAGCAAUUUUAGACCCUGUAAUAAUCAUAAAAAUUAUGUCUAGUGACAAUAGUUCCAAGAAAUUGGAAAACCAAAAGGUUCCCUUGUUGGAGAAUUACAACCUUUCAGAUAAUGGAGCUCCUCCUGCAUCAUCAAAGCAGUUGCUGCAAGAUAGAAACAUUACAAUUUAUGGAGAUGGAGAUGGUGCUUUUGUUGAACAUAACACUCUUGUACAAAGAGUAUGGGCUGAAUCCGACAAGUUAUGGCAUAUCGUCGGUCCGUCUAUCAUUAGCCGUGUUGCUUCCUACAGUUUCUUGGUUGUAACCCAAGCUUUUGCCGGCCAUCUUGGUGACCUUGAGCUUGCUGCCAUGUCCAUCAGUUGCAAUAUCAUUGUUGGCUUGGACUACGGACUCAUGUUAGGGAUGGCAAGUGCUUUGGAGACACUAUGUGGGCAAGCAUAUGGAGCAAAGAAAUACCACAUGUUGGGAAUUUACAUGCAAAGAUCAUGGAUAGUAUUAUUCAUAUGCUGCAUCCUACUCUUACCCUUGUACAUAUUUGCCUCUCCUCUAAUGAAGCUCCUCGGCCAAGCAGAUGAUGUCGCGGAGUUGGCUGGCACAGCGGCUCUUUGGAUGCUGCCGGUUCAUUUCAGCUAUGCCUUUCAGUUCCCACUACAAAGGUUCCUGCAAUGCCAGCUCAAGGCUGGCGUCGUGGCAUGCGUCUCAGUCAUAGCGCUGGUGGUUCACUUAUCCGUGGCCUGGUUGUUGGUUUCCGUGCUUAAGUUCGGAAUCAUCGGAGUUGCCAUCACGCAGAACUGUGGAUGGUGGGUGUUGGUAAUAGGAAUGUAUGGUUAUACUGCUUUUGGUGGAUGUCCACUUACUUGGAAUGGUUUAUCCAUCGAGGCCUUUUCUGGUCUUUGGGAGUUUUUCAAACUAUCAGUUGCUUCUGGAGUCAUGCUUUGCUUGGAGAACUGGUACUACAAAAUAUUGAUACUUUUGACUGGAAAUCUGAAGAAUGCACAAAUAGCCCUAGAUGCUAUUUCCAUAUGCCUGAACUUCAACGGAUUGGAGAUGAUGAUUCAUUUAGCUUUCUUUGUUGGCGCUGGAGUUAGGGUAGCAAAUGAGCUAGGAGCUGGAAAUGGAAGAGGAGCCAAAUUCGCAUCAGCAGUAGCAGUGAUGACGUCCGGUGUAAUUGGGAUAUUCUUCUGGAUACUCAUUUUGAUUUUUCACAAUAAAUUAGCAUUUAUAUUUUCCACCAGUCAGCCCGUCGUUGAAGAGGUUAACAAAGUCUCAGUGCUUCUGGCCUUCACCAUUCUCCUCAACAGUAUUCAACCUGUUCUUUCUGGUGUUGCGGUGGGAUCAGGGUGGCAAAGCAUUGUGGCUUACAUCAAUCUCGGAUGCUACUAUUUGCUCGGUCUACCUCUUGGCCUUUUGCUAGGCUGGAAAUUUGAUCUAGGCGUUGUGGGAAUGUGGGCUGGAAUGAUUUUUGGUGGAACUGCUGUUCAAACACUUAUAUUAACCAUCAUCACAAUUCGAUCAGAUUGGGAGAAAGAGGCAGAGAGAGCAAGACUGCGUGUACAGAAGUGGGCAGAGGACAUCUAACAAUCCUUUAAAGCCAAAUAUGGUUGGGAAAAAAAAAGUGCCUUUAAUUUUGAGUUACAAAUUUUUUUUUUUUUUCUAUAAAGGGUGCUCAAGAUUAUCUCAUCCCCAAAAUAAUCAUCUGAUUAGUGUUGGCCUAUCUUCUGUUUAUUGUUUGGGUGCUCGAUUCCUAGUUUGUAUUCAGGUUUUAAUUAAUACAAAUUUUCUUGAUGUCAACAACAAAAAAGAAAUAGCAA